AUGGCCAGGGGAUUGAAUCGUUUGGCAAUUGUGUUGCUCUGUGUUCUAAUUUGUGAAUGCAGUUGGUUUGAGGAAGGAAGGUGUUCUACUGUGAGUUAUGAUCAUCGGGCUCUGGUUAUUGAUGGGAAGAGAAGGGUUUUGCUCUCUGGCUCCGUUCAUUAUCCUAGAACUACAUCUGAGAUGUGGCCAGAGAUUAUUAGACUGUCGAAGGAAGGAGGGUUGGACGUGAUUGAAACUUACGUGUUUUGGAACAAUCAUGAGCCUGAGAGAGGGCAGUACUACUUUGAAGGCAGAUUUGACUUGGUGAAGUUUGUCAAAACAGUUCAGGAAGCUGGUCUUCUUGUUCAUUUGCGGAUCGGUCCUUAUGCUUGUGCUGAAUGGAACUAUGGCGGAUUUCCAAUGUGGUUGCAUUUCCUUCCUGGGAUUCAGUUCCGUACCAAUAAUGCAAUAUUCAAGAAUGAGAUGAAGCGGUUCCUUGCAAAAGUUGUGAACCUGAUGAAGGAGGAGCGUCUCUUUGCAUCACAAGGCGGUCCGAUCAUUCUUGCCCAGGUUGAGAAUGAAUAUGGGAACGUGGAGUCAUCAUAUGGGCAACCUGGGGAGUUGUAUGUUCAAUGGGCUGCAAAAACUGCUGUCAGUUUGAACACCACUGUUCCUUGGGUGAUGUGCGCACAAGGCGAUGCUCCAGAUCCAAUAAUAAACACAUGCAAUGGGUUUUACUGUGAUCAGUUCACUCCAAAUUCUCCUUCCAAGCCUAAAAUGUGGACAGAGAACUAUAGUGGAUGGUUUCUUUCAUUUGGUUACCCCAUCCCAUACCGACCUGUCGAGGACUUGGCUUUCUCUGUUGCUCGGUUUUUCGAAUAUGGUGGCACAUUUCAAAACUAUUAUAUGUAUUUUGGUGGAACAAACUUUGGACGAACAGCUGGAGGCCCUCUGGUCGCAACAAGCUAUGACUAUGAUGCACCAAUUGAUGAAUAUGGUUUUAUUAGACAACCAAAGUGGGGCCAUCUCCGAGACCUGCACAAAGUGAUAAAGCUAUGUGAGGAAUAUCUCAUAAGCUCAGACCCAACACUUGAGAAACUAGGCCAAAACUUAGAGGCGCACGUUUACUACAAAUCUUCCAACAGUUGUGCAGCCUUUCUUGCCAAUUUCGACAGCAUUUCUGAUGCCAGAGUCACAUUCAAAGGGAAUGAGUAUUUCCUUCCUGCUUGGUCUGUGAGCAUACUUCCAGACUGUAAGAAUGUCGUAUUCAACACAGCAAAGGUUGUUUCACAAAGGCAUCCUGCUGAAAAUGCAUUCACUAGAUCAACUAGUACGCACGAGGUUUCACUCGCAACAUCAGAUUGGAGCUGGUACCAAGAAUAUGUUGGAAUCUGGGGGAACAAGUCAUUUACCAAGUCGGGACUAUUGGAGCAGAUCAAUACCACCAAAGACACCAGUGACUUUCUUUGGUACUCAACAAGUAUAUAUGUCAAUUCGACGGAAGAUAGGGAUGGCUUCUUGAAUGUCCAGAGCAUGGGACAUGUAGCACUGGUCUUUGUUAACAAGAAGCUCCUAGGUCUUGGAUAUGGUAACCAUGAUGAUGAAAAAUUCUCAAUUGCUCAGAGGAUCAGCCUUGAAGAGGGUAUAAAUACCCUGGAUAUUUUGAGUAUGAUGGUUGGUUUGCAGAACUAUGGACCGUGGUUCGAUGUUCAAGGAGCUGGGAUUGAUGAAGUUGUUCUCGCUGGCUUUAAGAAUGGCAACCGUGACAUUUCUUCUCAAAGAUGGACCUACCAGGUGGGGCUCAAAGGAGAACACCUUGGACUAGAUAAAAUCAGUUUGGCAAACAGUUCAUACUGGACUUAUGGAAGUUCUCCCCCUGUUGCUAAUAGUUUGAUAUGGUACAAGACCACAUUCCUUGCUCCACAAGGGAAGGGACCUUUAGCUCUAAACCUAUCCAGCAUGGGAAAAGGUCAGGCAUGGGUGAACGGGCAUGGCAUCGGUCGAUAUUGGCCAGCCUAUCUUUCCCCUCCCACUGGUUGCACCGAGAACUGCGAUUACAGAGGAAAUCAUGACUCAUCUACUUGUCAAAGGAAAUGUGGCCAACCUACUCAAACAUUGUACCAUGUGCCGAGAGCCUGGGUUCACAGCGGCGAAAACCUGCUCGUCUUGCACGAAGAGCUGGGAGGCGAUCCGUCGAAAAUCACGGUCCUGACACAAACCGGUGCAGAAGUUAUAUGUUCAGUGGUCUCAGAGGACGAUCCUCCACCAGUCGAUUCGUGGGAACCGAAUGCUAACGAGUUUGAAUCUCGUCAGAGCCAGCCCGAAGUACGCCUUGCCUGCAGCGACGAACGACGGCUCAUUUCGUCGAUAAACUUUGCCGGCUUCGGGAACCCUGGUGGGAACUGUGGCUCGUUUGUUCCCGGGGAUUGCCAUGCUGACAUGUCGAGCUUCGUACGUAAGGCUUGUGUUGGGAAGAAAGGAUGCUCGAUCCCGGUGAUGACAGAAUCAGAGGAGCUUGAUGAUGGUCUUUGUCACGGUCUCGUGAAACGGUUUGCAGUUGAAGCAGUUUGUACUUAA